GUGAUCAAAAAGGAACCCGGAAGUGUAUGAAAGUGAACGAUAGCCGCAGUAAAGGCGUCUGUCAUCCACAGAAUCGUCAGCUCAUCUCCGCUCGUGUUCAUCAUGCCCGUACCACAGUCCAGGAUUGCUGCUGUUACCACCAGUGCCAGUGUAAAUUUGGAGGGCUUCAAGGCUCACGCGGUGUUCCAGGAGAUCCAGAAGAGACUGCAGGAGGAGGGUGAGCAAUUUGUGAAGAAGAUUGGAGGAGUGUUUGCUUUCAAAGUGAAGGAUGGGCCGGAUGGUCAGGAGGCCACCUGGUACGUGGACGUGAAGAACGGCAAGGGCAGUGUUCACAACAACACAGCAGAGAAAGCCGACUGCACCAUUGCCAUGUCCGACGCUGACUUGCUGGCUGUGCUCACCGGUCAGAUGAACCCUCAGACGGCAUUCUUCCAGGGCAAACUCAAGAUCACGGGGAGCAUGGGGAUGGCCAUGAAACUCCAAUCUCUCCAGCUGCAGCCGGGACGUGCCAAGCUGUGAAUGUAGAGCACCCCUCAGCGAAAUAGUCUCAAUAACAUGUUUGUGUAAAAUUCUAAUCUAAUGGCGAUCAAGAUGGGAGUUUUACUGCUGCUCCCCUGUGUAAGGUAGAAAUAUGACAAGGAGAUCAUUUGAAUUUUACAUAGAUGUUUUAAAUCAAAAAGGUGCACUAUGUAACUUUUCUGGUAGAGGAUCUCAUGCCUGCUUGUCUCCAUGGAGAUGUUUUUGCUCUGUCUGUGCGUAAUGUUCCACAGUGUGGUUUAAAUGUUUUUAUCUCCAUGGAGACAACCAGACCAAAUUAUGGGUGAUAUCUGUGGAGAGGUGAACCCCAUUAAGAAAGCAUACACUAAGUAUUUCUUUAGCAAUAAAAACAGCUGUUAUUGACUAAAUGCAAGAUUGCUAAGUUUAAUGCCCAACAGUGGAACAUUCCAUGCAAAGCAAUAAGUGAUAGGAGUGUGCGAAAAUAAUAUAUUGUGAUACUAAAUUUGGUAAUUGAUAUCAUGGGCUGUAUUUUAUUAUAUUUAAAAAAAAAUAUUUUGUGACGGUGCUAAUUUUCUUGCUUGUCUAGAGAAGGGAGACUUCUUUAUGCAAAUACAUUCAAAUACAGACAAUACUUUUAGAUGAUUAAAAUAGCAUUUCAUAUUAAACACUUGCUGAAAUGUCCUUAGAGGUUCUUAGAAAAUAGUGAUCAAUAUAUGGAUCAUUGCAUGUAUCGUGAUCCUUGUAUCGAAUGGUGAUGGACCAUGUGAUUCUAAGCCUUAUAGUGGUAGAGCCUCCACCAGAAAAGUUGAGGCCGUUUUCACCAGCCCUACUCUACUGUACCCCAGUUUGGACUAUUUCCACUAGCAAUUCUGAACCAGGUACAUUUUUAGCCAAUGCUAACCAGACCAAGGCCAGAGUACUGUGGUAUCCAUGGUUACCACAGAGUAAUGAAAACACAACCAGGCCGAGUUGAGUAGGCCUGAGCGGCUGGUGGAAACAGGCCAUUAGAUAGGUAGAGGAAACUGAAAUAGUGUUUAAACACAACAAGGUCACGUGCCUUUUAGGAGUUGGUUAUGGAAGUGGACAUUACAGAGUGAGCAGGUUUGAAAUGAGCCACACUCGGGACAAUAGGCACUGAACAUCUUUUAAUUUCCUUUUGUGUGGUACAAACACAAUAGUUCAAAUCCUGUAUAUAUAGCAAGAUAACCCACACUGCUGCACUGUGCAACUGAUUGAAGUCACUUAGCAAACCUGUUCCAUGUCCACACCCUAUUUAACCACUUGUGCUAGUUCCAUGUCUUUCUAUGAUUAAUAUUUGUGUGGAUGGAUUCACGGGUCGUUUUCUCUCCUACAGAAGUGCCUCUGUCGAUUUUGUAACUGCUGCAGCUUAUAUUGUAAAUUCAAAUUGAACUAAAUAAAAUGUUUUCUGAUUAGUACACCGGUUCACCAGCUUUGAGUCGGGGGGGCAAAGGUGGGUAGAGAAAGGCAAGUACAAAAUCGUGGCCCAAUAAAUAACUGAAGAGUAAAAAUAUAUUUGGGAGAAAUACUCUGGUAAAAUUUACUGCAAGAGUAAAUAGAUGCCACACGUAAUUUAUCAUUUGUCAAGUAAAUGUAAUUGGGCUGUUACUGGUAUUUUAAAGGGGUAGUACAAAAACACAUGUUUAAAUCAUUAUUGUCAUUUUUAGACCUACAGUACUCUUUGAGUAAAAGUUUUAGUUACUCUUCUCACUGUAACACUGUAAAAUAUUAAUACUUUUCAGUGACAUUACCCUGGAGAUGUUCCUCAUGUAUCUCAGCAUGUUGACAAAGCAAAGGGUGGUUGCUUUGAAUUAACUAAAUAUUUGUUUUAUAUUUUUGAACUUUUUUUUCUUUGCUCCAUAUUUCCAUAUAUGUUGCUUCAUAUAUUUGAUGUCUUCUGUACAUAUCUUAAAUGCAGAAAGUAAGUAGUAAACAAAGAUAAAAAAUACAUUGAAAAAGAAGGUAUGCCCAAACUUUUGACUGGUAGUGUAAAUGCUCCUUGCCUCUGACAAUGAUUAUUAACAACAAAUCAAUUCUGGAAGAAAUCUUUAAUAAAAUCUUUAAUUUACAG